GCUAAAACCACCUCUUGCAGCUGAAGCACUCUGCUCUUGAAGCUGGAAGACCAGAGGCUGAGAAUCAUGACAAGCAGAUUUUCUGCUUGUCUGCUGGCUUUUCUGCACUUUGGUCGUUCCUCCGACUCCUAUGAACCACUGACAUUGCCAGAUGUUGGAGAUCCAAAGUUUAUUGAGGAAUGUGUGCGAACCCAUAACAGAUUCCGGUCUGGAGUGAAGCCACCAGCCAGCAACAUGCUUUACAUGAGUUGGGAUCCAGAUUUAGCAAAGACCGCGAAAGCUUGGGCAAAGAAAUGUCUUUUUAAACAUAAUAUAUACCUCAAAGUUCCAGGGCAGGCUCACCCAAAAUUUACCACUGUUGGAGAAAACCUCUGGACUGGCUCACUUUCUAUUUUUACUGUGGAAGAAGCCAUCACCAAUUGGUACAAUGAAGUCAACGACUACAAUUACGCCUCUAAUAACUGCAGAGGAGUAUGCGGCCACUAUACACAGAUCGUUUGGGCUACAAGCUACAAGGUUGGCUGUGCCGUCCACUACUGUCCCACCGUGACUUACUCUCAUAUAACCAAUGCAGCACACUUCAUCUGCAACUAUGGGCCAGCGGGGAAUUACCCAAGGCACCCAUACGAGAUGGGAGCAGCGUGCAGCGACUGCAGAGGUGAUCAGUGUGCCAAUCAGCUGUGUCGAAAUGCAGAGCGUGACAAAGUCAUCAGUGAUUCCAAGUGGCGUCCAGAGUGGGACAGACCUGCGUGUGACGAGUACUGCAUCUCCGUCAUUGUUUUAAGGCCGUUACUCCUCAUACUGGCAAUUCUGGCCAGCUGGCUCCUACCAAAAUACUGCCCCAUAGCACCCGCCAGUGAGUGACACGCGUGCAGAAGAGCACAAGAGCACUUUGGUCCGCUCAGCCCUUCCCUGCACAUAAGUUACGGGCAGCACAAGGAUGGGUAGAGACAGUGUUUGCACCCACAGGUGAUUCAGAAGCACAUUGGUUGCAGGCAGCCGCUAGGAGAGCUGAUAAGCAGCUUUCUCACUGCUCGAGACUAGUAAAUGGUUUCAAAUUACCCAUUUAUUUUGUCAAAGUGGAGUGAAUGGGAUCUGGUGGGUAAGAGAUGUGGGGUGCAGGCAGCUGCUGGCCAUCCUUCCCUCAGCAGGGCUAGAGGGUGCCCAGCCCAGGAGCACAGCCCUCGCCGAGGCUCCAGGCAGAGCAUUCACCUCUCGCUCCUAUUGCGCUCUUUCCUUGGACACUCCUCCAGAGAGAGGCAGAGCAGCCUGGAGAGGCUUUUCAUUUAAAUGUUGGGUUUUUUCCUAAUAAUUUUUUGAUCCUCGUGAGCUCUGACAUUUGCAUCCCGUGGUAGGCAGUGUGUUUCCCAGUCUCGCAGUGCACUGGGGCCACUGGUACUUCUCUUUGCUUAGAAUUUGGUUUUAAACGUGUUAUCUGUGUCAAAACAUAGCUGCACCUGUGUUUAUACAUGAUUAUGUCUGACUGCAAUCUUCCCUGGAGGUUUCUAUAUCCUUUUUUUUUUUUUUUUUUGAGCACAGAGUUUCUGAGUGCUCAGACAGCAGUCAGAAACCAUGAUUUCCUGUUCCCCACGUGUGGCAAUCGUGCAUUUGCAACAGGAUCUAAAGCUUAACUGCUGGUGCACGAAAAACCUCCAUGUUCAGCUCCAGCCUGCACCAUGCUGAGCAACACGGUGCUGGGAAAGAUGGCAUAAACCCCCAAAUAAAAGCAUG